GGACCUGGUAAUUUUUAUGUCCCUUGCCUCCAUCUUAAAACGUCGGACUUGCCCUUCAUGCCUUUCGUUCCGGGUACAUCGUCUCUAUUCCACCCAAGCAGCAUUUCGGCACGCUGUCUCACUGUCUGCAGGUAGUAGCUCAUCCUCAACUUCAUUCGAUAUUCCCACCGACCCACUACAAUCGGUCCCCAAGUUGAAAAAGACCAAAAGAGCUCCAAAACCACCCUCGAGAAACCUGUUGGAGGACACCAAAGUUGAGGAGUACCUCGCCGAAAUUGCCGCCAGUAGACACAUAGUUACACUUGCGGAUUUAACACGUCUGAGACCGGACAGACAUUCCGAUCCUAUUACUCCGCAAUACGAGGUUGAAUACAACAAUCUCUUGGAUAGAGUACAGCAAGCAUUCAACAAAAAGCAGCUUAUUCAUUUUGUCGACCUUCUCGGCAUCUCUCGACCGAAACAAAGGACUAAAUCUGCGUUUGCAGUACAAGUCAUCGAACAAGGCUGGGGGUGGCCCUCGCUGACUGUAGUUCAGAAGCGCCGUCGCGAUUGGAGUGAAGUGGAAACAGAGUUUUUUCCUCUCAACCCUCCUCAGUCCUUCUUAUUUUUGGGAAAAGAUGGAUCGGACCUGCUUGAAUUCUCGACGGAAUACAAUGUGCAUGUCGCCUUCUCUUCGAAGCCUCUUGGUCUAAAGGUGGAAGGUCUACGGGGAGCUUUGGAUCACGUGAGGUCUCAUGUAGCUACUCUGAAAGAGGACAUUGAAGAAGAUUUCUUGACUCUUCCACCCAAUAAUACCCCGAAUAUUACUCUCCUCCAACGCGUUUCCCGUAUUUCUAGUGCUUUUGCGGAAAAUUUUGGUUCAAACGAGAUACGAAUAUCGUAUAAGCGAAGUAAUCCGCGAUCUGCACUUGUUGCUAAACGACUGGUUACACAAGCGUCUUGUCUGACUUCAGAAGAUAUGCAACCAUCUAUCCUGACAUACGUACCUCCUGGCGUGGCCAGCUCAACUGCCACCCCUAUGUCUUUGUUUCCCCAUAGUUACGCCUUAUACCCUUUUCUUUCUACCCGGACUAUCCCUUGGCUUUUAGAUGCAAAAGGUGCUUUCAGACUGCGGGGGGUGGGUGAAUGGAUUGGAGUAGAAGCUACUGAAGACAUUGACAAAACUGGUGGCCUGGUGCUUGGACGUGGACGUCUAAUUGAUUUGGAAGAAAACGUGAAGGACCUGAGACAACUUCUGAAAACCUUAUUUAAGGGAGAUUCCGCGUAUACACGAGAAAGUUAUGCGUCGAUGGGACAUAUACUAUUUCCUUCCCCGCAACCAACCAUUCUUCCGCCUCUUAAAGGUUCUUGGCCCCUAGGAAAGGGCCUUAAUUGGAUCAGUAGCCAUAGGGCGAGGCAUAUCUUUACUACCAGUUUACCAGCCGCAUUACUAGAGACUUUGCCCGGUAACAGAAGCAUUAUACACCGGCUGGUCUAUCAAGCCCUUCCCACCGUGACGCCACUUCAGGAGAACAGGAAUCCAUUCCCAAAAGUAAUUAAGUUCGAGAUGACGCUUUCCCUGCCGAGUGCCUCCCCCCCACCUCCUCGAACACUUUCAGACGAAUCUGGCGUAGAACCUUCGGAGACCAAAGGAGAGGAACAAGAGAUCCCUUCAUUUCCGCGACAAUGUUUUCUUGGAAGCGAGGCUGCAAUAGACCUGAUGUUACCGGAUCGUCCUAUGGACAUACGUUUUUCAGCUGCUGAGUUCCGCGCAAUUCAAGAUGUGGACUGGCCGAGGGAAUUGGGAGCAUACGCGGACGCUGUCACUUCAUUUUUAAACUUUUCGGAUUCACAAGCUCAACAGCCCGACACCCCCCUUACGCUGCAAUACGGGAAAAACACGUUCAUGUUACGGUCUAGUUCCAACGUUCGGCAGAAUCAGGAAAUCAUCGACAUUCCUGGAUCCGAUCCAAUUCGUGCUAAAACUGAAAGCGUCCUCGACCUGGAGGCGAAUCAGAAAACUACUCGUUGCCAGCUGACUUGCCAGGAUAUUCUCUCAGAUGAUGAAUGGCGAGAGUUCCUCAGAGGUUGUGACUAUCUUUCCAGCUUUCCACGGAUUAAAAAGGCGCACGAUUUGUUAGAUUAACUGGAUACCUAUUUAUAUAUACUCAGUCUCAAUUAAUUUCUCUCAUCGC